CGUGCUAUAACGGCAGCUAAGAGUUCAAUAUAUUGCAUAGACAUCACAGAUCUGUCAGUGUGAUCUCCCAUCACAGCGAUCGUCUCUCAAAUGGGGGUCGUCGAAGUCUUCUUCUUGGCCGGCGCCAUCUUGGCGGUCCUGACGCUGGCCGGCAGUGAGGUGGUCACAAAUACCUACGUUGAUGGCCGGACUGGUGUGGUGGUGAUGCCUGGGCUGGCGUCUCAGGCCUCCGACCCUCCGAUGCAAGGCGUGCACAUGAGGCUCAGCUCUUCUUCUUCAGCUCGUCCACCGAGAUCUGUCAUUCAAAGACCGUCUUCAUCAUCGGCAAACACUCUUCCAUUAAGUAUGGUGAAAACUUCUUCCAUCGGAAGUAACUCGCAAAUGGUAACGAAAAAUUCCAACAGAUACAACCAGCCCGUCUUUAAACUUUUGAAAGGAAAGGAUACAAUAAGCCCUUUCAAGCAUCAAAAUGUUGGAAUUGGAAUAUUAGAUCGAGUUUGCUCUAAUCUCCGUAAUGUUGCUGAACGCAUGCUGGAGUAUUACAAAGGUUUAGUAGAAAUAAUGGCUACAAAGACACGCUCCUUUAGCAUACAUACUGAUGCCGGUAUUGCCAAUACAUCAGAAGCUCCACGUAAGGCAAGUAACGGCGGGCGGAUUUAUGGGGGUUCUGGAUUUGACGGGGAUCCAGGCUGGGCUGGAGGACCAGAAGUUGUGCAAUACAAUAGUGGUAAUAUUAUUGUGGGCGCUGGGUAUUCAAGUGAUUCGCAACAGAUAGCUCCGCAUAUAUGUUAUAACGCAACUGUGUCAUCUACUGCUGGACAGCAAGCUUACGUGCAAUUGAAUACGGCAAUAUCUUUUUCAGACUUAGAAAGCCAACUUCAGAUGUCUGUCGAUAUCAGUGGAAAAUUUCUUAUGUUUUCUGCAGAAGCAGGAGCAAGUUAUUUAAGAUCUGCACAGGAUAAGGAUUACUCCCUCUCACUAAAUUAUUAUGAAUAUGCCACGAAUAACGUAGCAGUGCAAUUUGCAGGGUACGGUGAAGCAGCUCUAACUGAAGUUGGUAAAGAUUUUUACAAUGGUGGCAAGAAUCCAUAUUUUGGAUUGUUAUGUGGUGAUAACUAUAUUACUUCUUAUCAGCAGGGUGCAUUAUUGGCUAUGGGGAUUAACAUAAAAUUUAGUAGUUCCGUUGCCAAACAAGAGUUUGAGGAAAAGGCUGGAGCUACAUUUGGUAGUAUUAUAAGCGCUUCAGAAAGAAUAAAGAAUGUUGCAACCCAAUAUAAUAUCACUGGUGCAGUGAUGAUGCAAGCUUUUCAGGUGGGAGGAGACCCUAGUCAGCUUUCUAAGAUAUUUAGUAAAGAUAGCAGCGGGAAGUACUAUGCACUGACAUGUAGCCUUACAACGAUGGAUGAUUGCGUAUUAGCUGCUAGUGGUUUACUGGAUUAUGCAAAAGAAAGCUUUUCAACGCAGUUUUCUUUUCAAAAUAAUACAGGAUUAGGAUUAACGCCUCUUGGUAUUGCGUUUAGUCAGUUUAAUUGA